AUGCUGCACUCAACGCUCCUGACGGCCUUGUCCGUCUCUGCGGCCAUCACCCUCGUGGCCGCAGUCUCAUCCCAGACAUACUCUUGGAAGAACGUCAAGAUCGGCGGCGGGGGCGGUUUUGUGCCCGGCAUCGUCUUCAACCCCUCCGAGAAAGGCCUCGCAUAUGCGCGCACGGACAUUGGCGCGGCUUACAGGCUCAACUCGGACGACUCCUGGACGCCUCUGCUGGAUUUUGCCGACGAUGCGCGUUGGGAUUAUUGGGGUGUCGACGCACUUGCGACAGACCCUGUGGAUCCCAGCCGGCUGUACCUGGCGACUGGCAUGUACACAAACUCGUGGGAUCCCAACAACGGGCAAAUCCUGAUCUCCACCGACCGUGGCGCUUCGUUCACGCCUUCUAAACUUCCUUUCAAAGUUGGCGGCAACAUGCCUGGUCGCGGCAUGGGUGAGCGCCUUGCCAUCGACCCGAACAGUAACAACAUCUUGCUGUUCGGUGCUCGGAGCGGUAAUGGCCUGUGGAAGUCUACUGACCACGGCGCUACAUGGAGCCAGGUCAAGAGCUUCCCCAGUGUCGGUACCUACAUCCCUGACCCCACAGAUGCCUCUGGAUACAACAGCGACAUCGUCGGCUUGGCUUGGGUCACCUUCGACUCGACUUCAGGCACCUCAGGCACUGCUACUCCUCGUAUCUUCGUCGGUGUGGCCAACCUUGGAGCCAACAACGUCUUCGUGUCUCAGGAUGCCGGUUCAACUUGGAGCGCUGUUGCUGGGCAGAACCACACAUUCAUGCCUCACAAGGGUGUUCUCUCCAAAGCGGAGAAGGCACUCUAUGUUUCGUACUCCGAUGGUGCUGGUCCCUACGAUGGCACAAACGGCUACAUUCAUAGGUACGACAUUGCUGCUGGCACCUGGAAGGACAUUACUCCCGUGUCUGCCGGUGACCUCUACUUCGGCUUUGGCGGCAUUGCCCUCGAUGCCCAGAAACCUGGUACGAUCAUGGUCGCUGCGCUUAACGCUUGGUGGCCCGACGGACAGAUCUUCCGCUCAACUGACAGCGGUACGACCUGGACUGGGCUCUGGGCGUGGGACUCGUACCCAUCGAUGGACCGCUACUACGCGUACGACGACAGCUUAGCGCCCUGGAUUGGGCCUUCCAUGACGGCCUCCGACAUUGAAAAGCAGAUCGGUUGGAUGAUGGAAAGUCUCGUCAUCGACCCCUUCGACUCGAACCACUGGCUCUACGGCACGGGGUUGACCAUCUACGGCGGUCAUGACCUGUUGAAGUGGGACACGGUCCGCAACGUGACGCUCAAGUCGCUCGCCGACGGAGUGGAAGAGACUUCUGUGCAAGGCCUUAUCUCUCCCCCCUCAGGUCCUCCGCUGAUUUCUGCCAUUGGCGAUAUUGACGGAUUCGUCCACACUAACCUCGACAAGGCUCCCACUACCUCCCGGACGGAGCCUACAUACACUACCUCUUCGGACAUCGACUACGCCGGCAACAAGCCCUCCAACAUUGUUCGUGUCGGUACCUCGACGGAUGGUUCCCAGGGCAAACAGAUCGCUCUCUCGUCCAACUCUGGUUCCACCUGGUACCAGGACUACGGCGCACCUGACAACGUUGGCGGCGGCAAGGUCGCCCUCUCCGCCGACGGCGACACCGUUCUUUGGAAGACGCCCUCCAACGGCAUCAUGGUCUCGCAGUUCACCAACUCCUUCGCCGUCGUCUCCUCGCUCCCCUCCACCGCCGUCAUCGCCUCCGACAAGCGCAACAACUCGUUCUUUUACGCAGCGGACUCGUCCAAGUUCUACCUCUCCACCGACGGCGCCAAGACCUUCGCCGCCACUGCCGGCACGCUCGGCUCCUCCACCUCGCCCUCCCACGUCGUCGUCCACCCGAGCCUGAGCGGCGACGUCUGGGUCUCGACCGACAAGGGCAUCUUCCACACGGCCGACAUGGGCAAGACCUUCACCGCGAUCUCGGGUCCGACCCAGGCGUGGGCGAUGGCGCUGGGCGCACCCAAGACGAGCGGCGGGUACCCCGCCGUGUUCGCCGCGGCGAACAUCGGCGGCGUCGGCUACUUCCGCUCCGACGACGCCGGCGCGAGCUGGGUGAAGAUCAACGACGCGGCGCACGGGUUCGGAUCGGCGGCGUCGAACUGCAUGGCUGCAGACCUGAACACCUACGGCCGGGUGUACAUAGGCACGAACGGACGCGGGAUCUUCUAUGGAGACGUGUCGGGUUCUGCGACGAGCCCGACCACGACGGCUACGACUACGACUACAACUUCGAAGCCUACGACCACCACUACGACCUCGAAAACUACGACCACCACUUCCAUGCCAACGACCACCACUACAACUUCGAAAUCCACGACGACGGUCUCGUCGACCACGACUUCGACUGCACCUACCUCCACCGGCACCUCGGCUGUUUAUGGACAGUGUGGUGGCCAAAGCUGGACCGGACCCACGGCUUGUGCUGCUGGUUCGACCUGUGUGAAGUAUAGCGACUUCUACUCGCAGUGUGUUCCCUCCUAA